AUGUACGACGUGUGCGAGUACGGUGGCGUCAACUACUGGUCCGAAUUCGACAUGACACUACCUGUCGCAUACCGUCGGUACCUGGCGCCGACCAACAUCCAGCUGCUGCCCCAGGAGAUCGAGGACGAGACGGAGGAUGGCUACGCGCUGUCCAGGACGCCCAAGUCCAAGCACAACGAGGAGUCGAGCUCGGACACGUCCCAUGACGAGGUGAUGGUGGCCGUGCCGCGCCGCGAGAAGAACUUCAUGCCCGCGUCUAUGACGUUCACGGACUUCGGUACAAACGUUCACGAAUUGUUGCUGUUCUAUGUCAGUUAA